CUGCUAAAGUGAGCUGUUUUGUUUAAAACAUACUAAUUCAAAAAAUUAAAUAUACUGAUUCACAUGUAAUGAGCCGGGAAGUUUGUCUACACUCACGUAAGUAAGGAAACCCUAAUAUUCAUCUGGUCUCAGAAGCUCAGAAAGGUUAAGCCUGUUUAGGACUUGUAUAGGAAAGUGCAGAAGAUUUAAAUUGAGUUUCCACUGUGGCUGCAUCAGGCUGCCCUUAAGCCCAACAUUUGAAAGAAGCAUGAGAACAACAAGCUGUGGACUUAGAGUCCAUGUCAAUCCUGGAAAUGACAAUUUUAUUUAAUCACCAUCUGGACUUCAGCUCUCUCAGACAGAUGCCUCAGAGCAAGAUGAUUCCCAAGAAUCAUAAGAGAGAAGCACAAAUCCCUCUGGGCCUCUCCUUUCUACAGUCUCAGCCCUGGAGCUAAUUACGUGCUGGAGCAGCUCAGGUCUCAGAGCAUCCAGCCAGCAAUCUCAGGAGGCCUCCACUCAACAAAUCCCCUCUCCUGGCUGGAUUCAGGUGACUGCACCUCUCUGUGGAUGGAACCCUACAUCCUGGAAGGAAGCUGCCUCCCUGACCCAGGACCCAGCCUUCCCACUGCUGGCUUCCCGCUCUCUUCACAGUCAAGGUGUGCUUCCUUCACCCUGACUGAUCAACUGCAAAUUGCAUGUGAGCUGUGACAACCCUCCGUCUAGAGAGGAAGAGAGAGAGGAUCGCUCGGGAGCUCACUAAGCACAGCAGGGCCCUUGCACUGGGCUGUAGGAAGCAGUAUUUGGGCCAUCACAGUACAGCUUCUCUCCAGCCACAUUGAUUCUCACGUGCUAUGCCAUAUAUUAAAGACAGAUGCCAUGGAAAGGGAAAACAUGAGUUUUCCCAACACUUUUGUCCUGCUGGGCUUCUCAGAGUUUCCGUGGCUGGAGAGGCCCCUCUCUGCAGUGGUCCUCCUCUCCUACCUCCUCACCCUGGUGGGGAACAGCUCCAUCAUCCUCCUCUCCCUGGUGGACCCCAGACUCCAGACACCCAUGUACUUCUUCCUGGACAACCUCUCUCUGCUGGACCUUGGUCUCACCAGCACCACUGUGCCCCAGCUGCUGGCCAACCUGUGGGGGCUAGACAAGGCAAUUGCUGCCUGGGGCUGCAUCACACAGGCCUAUAUUUUCAGCUGGAUGGGCACCACUGAAUGCAUCCUACUGGCCAUGAUGGCCAUUGAUCGCUAUGUGGCCAUCUGCCGGCCCCUCCAGUACACUCUCAUCAUGCGUUCCUGGGUUUAUGUGAGGAUGGCAGCUGCCUCCUGGUCUGGUGGCCUGGCCAGUUCUCUGCUCCAAGCCACAAUGACCCUCCAGCUCCCCCUCUGUGGACACCACACCCUGGACCACUUCUUCUGUGAGGUGCCUGUGCUCAUCGAGCUGGCCUGUGGGGACACCACUGCUAAUGUCCUAGCCCUGACUGUACUAGACAUCUCCUUUGGAAUGAUGCCCGCCCUGCUGGUGGUCAUCUCCUACACCUUCAUUGCCAGGGCUAUACUGAAACUGCCUUCAGCUGAAGGAAGGCACAAGGCACUCAGCACCUGCAGUUCCCACUUGGUGGUGGUCACCAUGUACUUUGGACCAGGCCUCUCCAUGUACCUCUGUCCACCAGCUGAGAGUUCCCAGGCCAAGUUCUUGUCCUUCUUCUACUGCAUCAUCACCCCAGUGCUCAACCCACUUAUCUACACCCUGAGAAACAAGGAUGUGCAGACAGCAUGGAAGAAGAUCCUGCAAUCCCAGGGUCUGGUGAUGGCUUGGAAAGCCAGGUCUCUGCCUGUCUAAGCAAUUACAUACAUACGUUGAUGAACACAGGCAUAUUAUGUCUACUUUUCCAAGUAAGCAUCUAUGAAUUCCCCCUAAGUGUCCCCACUUCUCAAGGUCAACCACGUUACUAAUUAUAAAGUAAAACUCUUUGGAGUGAAAUGUUCUAUUUUCUUCAGUCUUACAGAUGCCACAAUCCUUUAUGUAACCCUUCCAGAAAUGUCAGGCCUCCAUUAACAGAAUAAGCAGCAUGGUCCAUACAUUUUCAGGCUUGUGAGAAACACCAUGUGUUACAUUUUUUCUGUCUUUCUUUCACUUCUUUCUCUUUGUCACAAUUAUUGCUACAUACUAAUUUUAUACAAUAAUGUGUUUCAUUAUGACAUUUGUCGACAUGCCUGUAAUAUGCUUUGAUCAUAUCCAUACUCCUAUUCCCCUCUCUAAUUCUCCUCUGGAGCUCUUUGCCUUCCCUAAUGUCUUUGCUCUUUUAUCAUGUUAUCUUCCCCACAUACACAUAGCCAGAUCCCAUAUAUUGUAGCAAUAGAAUCAUGUCCUCUGCAAACAGGGAUAAUUUGAUGUUUUCAUUUCCUCUUUCUAUCCCUUUUAUUUCUUUCUCUUGUGAAAUUACUCAGGCCAAAUUUUCCAGUACAAUAUUGAAUAAGAGCUAUUGUAAUCCAGCAUGGACAAUGUAUCUAAGUGUGUAACUUCAUUUAAUAUAAUUUUCUUAUGUGUUUAGAUAUGUGUGGCCUAUUGGUCUA